UUGCCUCCUCCAGCGCAUUCCCACUCUCCGCACCAUGAAGACCUUUGUCGCUGCCCUCAUCGUCGCGUCUGCGUCCGCCGCGGUCCCCGACUGCUCCGUCGCCAACUUUGCCGGUCUCUUGCCCAUCGCGAUGGACGGCAACGGCGUCUUUGCCACGUGCAGCAAGGACAUCAACGAGCCCGUCUCGGCCAUGAUGAACCCCAACUGGAUCCCCAAGAACCUCCAGAUGGUCAAGGACUUUGCCAAGUCGAGCAACUGCAAGAACUUUUACAAGACCGUCACCGACUUUAUGCUCACGAUCAAGCCGCCAUGCAUGCUGCACCAGGCGGGAGCUGACUUGUCCACAGAUUACGCAGGCACGAUUCCGUUCGACACGUCGAUCCAAACGUGGACGGCGUACUACUCGCCGCCGACGCCCAAGCCAACCGAUGCACCGACGCCUGCACCGACCGUCGCGCCGACGCCCAAGCCAACGGAUGCGCCGACGCCCGCGCCUACUGUCGCUCCGACGCCCAACCCUGCGUGCUAGGUUGUCGAGCGAAUCGUGUGCAUUGCGCAAGGUGGGACAUCGCAGUUGUGGUGUGUGUAUAUCCUGAAUCCAUUGUUUUAUGUGACGUUGA